UUCUGUUUCCCUGAGAAUUUCCCGGGAAAGAAAGGAAAAAAAAAAAAACAGAAAAGAUUUUCCCAAAUCUGAAAUAAUCAUGGAGGAAAGAAGCAGCAAGAGAAUCAAACCAACCAUGGAGGAGGACGAAGAAGAUCCUUCAUCUUCAUCAUCUCAGCUAAACCUCCCACCGUCAAUGAAUCGACCAACGGUCUCACUAGAGACCCAACGAAUCAACCGUUUAAUCCAUUCCGACCACUACCACUCUCCCUCCAAACCAAUCUACUCCGACCGGUUUAUCCCGAGCCCAUCCGGUUCUAAUUUCGCUCUUUUCGGCCUCGAACCUUCCCCCAAGAAGGACGGGAAAGAAGAUGGGCCUGGCUCUUACGCCGGUAUGCUCCGAACCGUGCUUUUCGGACCGGAGACGCCGGAGAAAGCAGAUGUCGUUACUGGGUUCUCUCCUUCUUCAAGGAAUAUUUUCCGGUAUAAGACGGGGACGCAGCGGCCGGUGAACUCGUUUCCGCCGUUUGGGUGUGAUGAGGGGCCUAGUGUUAGCCGUAGUCCGGUUAAGUCGCCGAGGAAUAUUCUCAAGUCUGCUUAUAAGGUAUUGGAUGCGCCGGCUCUGCAAGAUGAUUUUUACUUGAAUCUCGUGGAUUGGUCUGCGCAAAAUGUACUUGCAGUUGGAUUAGGGAGCUGCGUUUAUUUGUGGAAUGCUUCUAGUAGCAAGGUAACUAAGUUAUGCGAUCUCGGUGGCGAUGAAAGUGUUUGCUCAGUGGGUUGGGCACUACGUGGAACACAUUUGGCUAUUGGAACUAGUAGCGGAACCGUAGAGAUUUGGGAUGCGUUACGCUGCAGGAGAAUAAGAACGAUGGGAGGACACCGGCUAAGAGUAGGAGCCGUGGCAUGGAGCUCAUCUGUUUUAUCUUCCGGUAGCAGAGACAAGAAAAUACUUCAGAGAGACAUACGUUCUCAAAAAGAUCAUGUCAGUAAGCUAACAGGUCACAGAUCCGAAGUCUGCGGACUCAAAUGGUCUUACGACAACCGCGAGCUAGCAUCAGGCGGAAACGACAAUAAGCUUCUCGUAUGGAACCAACAUUCAACAAAACCGGUUUUGAGAUACUGUGAACACACAGCGGCGGUUAAAGCCAUUGCUUGGUCUCCGCAUCUUCAUGGACUUCUUGCUUCAGGUGGCGGCACUGCUGAUAGAUGUAUCCGUUUCUGGAACACGAAGACAAACACUCGUUUAAGUUGCGUGGACACUAACAGUCAGGUGUGUAAUUUGGCUUGGUCCAAGAACGUGAACGAGCUUGUGAGCACGCAUGGAUAUUCACAAAAUCAAAUCAUCGUUUGGAAAUACCCAACCAUGUCUAAAUUGGCAACUCUGACGGGUCACACGUUUCGUGUUCUGUAUCUUGCUGUUUCACCCGAUGGACAGACGAUCGUUACAGGAGCAGGAGAUGAAACGUUAAGAUUUUGGAAUGUGUUCCCUUCCCCUAAAUCUCAGCGCAGGGAGAGCGGGAUUGGGGCCCUGUCCUUUGGGAGAACAACAAUCCGGUGAUCUCUUGAGAAUAUGAUAUAGCUGGGUCGUCAAUAACCAUACCUUGCAUAGUUUUUGGAGUGAUGGUGUGAUUCUUUAGGUCUCCUUUUGUGUAUAUAGUUUGAAUUUUUACAAAUAUUUAACUAUUUUUCAACGAUUUUUACAUAAACAAAACAUGAACGUAAGCAUAAUCAACC